UCAUGCUGGGCUCUGCCCACCUCUUUACUUGUUUUGCCCACUACGAUUCAUUUGCUCCCAUUGGAAACGAUAGGCUCUGGUGGAGCUGUAGCGUGCGCUUGACAGGAGGAAGUUGAGAAGGCGAAAGCAGAAGUGUUGCUUGAAGAUGAAAGCGUCUCGAGUACAGUUAGUGUGAAAGAUGAUUGGACAACAGUGAAGGCAAAGAAUGGAACAAAAACAGGCUCAGGAGUAUCCAACUCACCCGUCGUUGAUGAUUCACGAGGGAACUCGGGUGGCUUCGGAUCCUCUGAAAAACUGCCUUCGGGAACUUCCGGAUUCCUUUGAAGGUAAAUUUCAGGCAGUGAGGGCACUGACGGUAGUGGGCAUAGUCCUGGGUGUUAUUGGGGCGAUGAUAGCCCUGUUCUCGCUCAAUUGCUAUAAAAUGGGCAGCAUGGAGGAUUCCUCCAAAGCCAAGAUGACCCUUACUGCAGGGGUCACAUUCAUCAUUGCAGUUAUUUGUGCCAUUGCUGGAGCUUCCAUCUAUGCCAACCCGAUAGUGUCCAGUUUCACGAUGACCGCCUACAACCCCAACUACAGAGGAGGGAUUGGAAAGGGGAUGGGAGGGAAUAUGAUGCAGAGGUGCAGCUUUCUGUUAUUGGGUGGGAUUCCGAAGUGUGUGGCCUUCAGGGGACUGCAACCAGACAAGUCAACGUUAGCUCUAAAUCUUUCCUAAUUUUCUAGGUUUUCAGUAUGUAAAAAUAUACAUUUUGUGAAUACUUUUUCCCACAGUAAAAAAGGAGUCCCUUACAAAGCCCCCCCCCCCCACAGGCCAGUCAAUAAUCACCACCAUCCAGAGGCUGGGAAGAGAGACAACCAAAAAUGUAUAAUUCUUGUUAUAUUCUGCAUUAAGGAUAGGGGUAGGUCUUUAAAUGUUGCUCGAAUAUAGUGCUAGAUUCAAUAGAAGAGUUUUCAUACAUUUUACUGCAUGUUAUUUAAAAAUGUGUUCUGUUGUGGUUGAAAGUGGGCUCCAUUUUUAUACUGGCAAUAACCAUUCGUUUCAAGCUUGGUUUAUUGAUGAAGCUUUCAUUUGUACAAUGUAAUGAACCAAAUAAAUCUUUAAAACCCC